CACAAAAUUGUUACGGAUUCUCCAAAAGCCCAAAGGAACCGAAGAAUCUGAGGAAAGCAUAUCGGUGCCAUUCAUUUCAAGAUUAAUCUGGCCCACUGAUUUAUAAAUCAUAGGAUAACCAAAAAAAAGUAAAAUAAAAUAAAAUAGAAAAAGGAAAAAGGUUUUGUUGAUUAUUUUGAACAAGAAGACGAAGUACAUCUGUCCUAUUUAUCAUUAUCACAAAAAACCCUUUUGCCUUUGAUUUCCUGUACCCCCAAAUCUCCCAAACCCCAAGAUAAACUCCCACUUUUUUUUUUUUAACUUCUUCUGUAGCCAUGUCUGAGGGAGAGAAGGCUUUGCCUACUGCAUCAAAAGAUGAGAAGCCUGUGGCAGCUGAGAAUAAAAAAUCUGCUGAGUCUUCCUCCACAGAAGCACCAUCAGGAGAAGGGAGAACCGCCUCUACUGCUGCAGCUGGAGCUGGGGUCCAAAAUCCCUUUGAUUUCUCAGCCAUGUCUGGACUACUUAAUGACCCAAGUAUCAAAGAACUAGCUGAGCAGAUAGCAAAAGACCCUGCAUUUAAUCAGAUGGCAGAGCAGCUUCAGAAGACCUUUCAAGGUGCAGCAGUGGAAGAAAGUGUCCCCAACUUUGAUAGCCAACAAUACUACUCUACAAUGCAACAGGUUAUGCAAAAUCCUCAGUUUAUGACCAUGGCUGAGCGGCUUGGUAAUGCAUUGAUGCAGGAUCCAUCUAUGUCUGGCAUGCUUGAGAGUUUGUCAAACCCUGCUCAGAAGGAGCAACUUGAAGAACGGAUGGCGCGUAUUAAAGAAGACCCAUCACUGAAACCAAUCUUGGAAGAGAUAGAGAGCGGAGGACCAGCUGCAAUGAUGAGGUAUUGGAACGAUCAAGAUGUUCUGAAGAAGAUUGGUGAAGCAAUGGGUUUUGCUGCUGCAGGAGAGGGUGCUACCUCAUCUGAGGUACCUGGGACAGAUGAAACAGAAGAGGCAAAUGAAGAUGAAUCUAUUGUUCAUCAGUGUGCUAGUGUUGGUGAUGCAGAGGGCUUGAAGGCUGCACUAGCUACUGGUGCUGACAAAGAUGAAGAAGAUUCAGAAGGAAGGACAGCAUUGCAUUUUGCUUGUGGAUAUGGCGAGGUGAAGUGUGCUCAGAUCCUUGUUGAAGCUGGGGCAAAGGUUGAUGCAUUGGACAAGAACAAGAAUACUGCUCUUCACUAUGCUGCUGGAUAUGGUAGGAAGGAAUGUGUAGCACUGCUGCUAGAGAAUGGAGCUGCCGUAACUCUUCAAAACUUGGACGGAAAGACGCCAAUUGAUGUUGCCAAACUCAACAACCAGCAGGACGUCCUUAAGCUACUUGAGAAGGAUGCAUUUCUGUAAACUGGCAUGGAUGUUGGGCCAUGUACAAUUGAAACUUUUGGAUGUCACAGAGAGUGAUUAUCUUUGCCAGUGUAUAAUUUUAUUGUUUUCCCAAGAUUGCCUGUUCAAAGAAUUUGCUCUGGAUGUUUUGUAUUUGUAAACAUCUUUGCUACCAUGUUAAAUUAAUCUUCAACAAAUUUUUUUCAAA